UGUAGUUAUUAUAUUACAUUCAAGAGUACCAGUUACAUCAGUUACUACACGAUGUUUCCAUUUUCUUGCAUGAUCAAGCGUACCUAAAAGCCGUGAUCUAAUUAAUUCUGCAAUUAAGUCUGCAAUUAAUUACGAAAUCAAUUAUACGAUUGAUCAUUUCCACAUUCAAGGCAACGUAUAUAACAUUUCGCUCAUUGCGACACACCGCACGCGACGUCUUCUGCACGAAAAAGAAAACCGUUACGUCAAUUCGCGGCCUUUUAUGUGAUAGACGAAUACCAUCGCGCACACAAGUGUGAAAUUCUAUCACAAAGCCGACUGAUUCACGACUGCGAAUUAAUGUUUGUCCGAUUCCGUUUCGUGGCCUUACUUCGAAAGUGGAAAUUUUCAACCUAGGUGUAUAAAAUCGCCAGAUACGGCGGUUCUCAGAAAUCACGCGAGAAAAUAAGAGCCGUGAGCUUUGGAGCUCGCAGCAAUCAUUAUUUGUGCGAACGUGAGCCCAAAACCUGUUCGGACCGCCGCGAACAGCGAGGAGAAAGAAGCGACUGGAGAUAAAUCGCCGGAAUGAAAAUAUUGGAAAUACAGCGCGCGUUGCCGAAGAAUAAUCGAUCUGGACCGCAACGGGUUUCUUUCGUCCUCGAAGCCCGCGGACAAACAACGAGAUUAAUUCCAGCCCCCCCUCCCCUCCUCGCGACGGGAUCGAAAAAAAUAGGCGCGCGACAGUUGUUGAAAAAACUAUUUAUCAGAAGGAAACCACUGACAAAUUUAUCAAAAAGUUUAUCGCGCCUGCGUUUCUUGAAAAUGAUCGAUUCACAUCGGCGUUAAAUAUUGUUUGGAUAUAUUGUUGGUAAACAUAGAAGUAUGAAAUAUGUGAUCCUUUUUUUGCGCGUAUCGCUCUGGGGAACGAAAGAUAACAAAAAGUGAAACUAUGAAAUGCGGCGACGAACGAUUGAAAUUUAUGAUUCACGUCUCAUCCGUUUUAUAUCUGUAUGACUAAGACGUUAAUACUCGCGGCGUGACGAGGAAGCGAAUCCUUCACGGCACGAAAGGCAAAUGUAUGUCUUCAAGGCGAGGGAUAACUCACGCGAGACGCAAAACACGUUUUUGUUUCGCGUUUCUAUUUGAAAAGUUAGGCAGUUCAGCUAGAUAGCAGAAUUCAUUGACUUCUCUCCCGACCACCUGGCGCAAAAAAGACAUCUGCUUCAUUUCUAUUCAUGCCCAUUAUACGUAUACUGCCGUGCUAUAAAUCUCUACGAAAAAUAUGCAAAUUUAUUGGUGUGUAUAAUGUUAAAAUUAUUACUUCAAUAUUAUUCUACAUGAAUAUCAACGUCACUAAUGGAUAUCUAAAUAACGCGUAUCUGCUUCGGGCACUUAUACGUGCGACAUAUGUAAGUAGAACUGGAUGACUCCUUACAUUCGCACACAGAGAACGGAACGUACUUAAUUAAAUAGCGAAGCGUUUGAUGACGCCUCUUUUCUCAAACUGUCGUCGUCUAAUUACGAAAUGCAGAAAAUUAUAGUUUCUCUUUCGCGCGGCGCUUUUAAUUAAUAGUGCCGUCUAAGGUGAACUAACGCCAAAAGAAAUAUAUAUUUAUAUUAAAUACGUGAUAUAUAUCAGUUAUCCUCCACUUUCGCAAAGUUGUUAAAUUUUUAAUUUCCGUUUUUAUACGGUGUGAUUUAAAGGCGUUCUUGGAGAUUAAUUGCUCAACUUCGUUCUGACGAUUUUCAACGGGGAUAUCACGACCACCUGUGCACUUUAAUCUGUCUUCUAUACCCCUUCUUAUCUCAACCAUUCAGAGCCAGCCGUGCAUAUACAUAUCUAUGCGCUGCAGCUUCGGUUUCAGAAUUAUUUUAUUAACGGUUUUUUAUUUAUGGGCAGCAUUAUUCAUUCAAACGUUUCUCAGAAAUAUCUUCCCUCGAUUACGACGCAAUUGUUUAUCAUUUUCCUACGAAUUGUUUGUCGAAAGUAGACGCUAAAAUAUUCAAGUGUGUCUCGUUCAAACUCAAACGACAAACGAAUAAAUGCAUAAUUAAUUGCUCGCGAACACUCCGGAAAGUUUCACGCGAGAAAACAUUUUCGACUGCACGAGUUUAUCAAAUUUCCGUCGAAUUGCCAUAACAAAUUCUCGGCGAAGGAGGCAAGCGCAUUCUUAAAGGAACGAGGAACAAAAGAAGUAGAUUUUAGCGGCGACGUGACUACUUUGUUGCCAAUUUACUCUGUAAGUCCGCGAAGUGAGCGAACGGGCGUACAGAGUGAAGGAGUGUACAUUCGUAGUAAUCAGCGCUAGAGAAAUGUCUCGACUUUUCUCGGGCGGCGCGAUUAAUUCUAAUAAACCCCGCCGACAAAAUGAUUCCUCGCGACGCUCGCGGGCCAUCGGUUCUGCUAACGUGUUGAUUGCCUUAUUACAAAAAUGAAUUUCUCCGACUUGCCGACGCUGUACACUCUGACGGUCCGGAUGUCGGCCGGAUAAUGAGAUUAAUGACAGUCCCUCCCUUCCAGGGCGCGCUUCAGAUUAUAAAUUCGACCGAGUUAGUUGCAACGCCUCGAACGGAAAAGGAGAGGAGAGGGGCCGAACUUUCGACCGCUGCUCCGUAAUAAACGGGUUUAAUUAUUCGAACUUAAGUAAUCGCAUUCUCUUUCGUGAACGGGGCGCGAGAGACGGACUGAUUAGAUGGGAAACGGAAAUGCCUGCGAGCUCUUGCGAUUUUAACUAUUUAUCGCUCGGAUUAUAUAAUACGUGAAGCAUGUACCGCAAUUUUCGGAUGGAAGUUCGUGGUUAAUAUAACGCCGGCUGCUACAUACCUCGACAUACCUAGCUCGAUCGUGUGUUCUCAGGGUUAUUUUGAGACGAAAAGUUAGAGCCUUUAAUCCGCACCGGUUGCCCCGCAACACACGUUUUAAAGUUGACGCUGAAAUCCAUUUUGACAAACUUAAAAUCUGGGUCGAGGACUCUCUCGUCCUCGUAUAUAUAAUUUUAUACAAUUAUAUAUACAUAAACUAGAAAGAUAUCUUAAUCGCUUUAGAUUAAGGAAGACAGAAACUAAUCGCGUCCUUACGUUGAAUAUUUCAUCGAUUUAUUCCAGGUUUUUUUUUAUAGCGAUCACUCGACGCCAGAGAAACGCGUCAUUUUAUUUUAUAAUUUCGCAGAUUUUUCCAGCCUCGGCGAACAAUUUAAUGUACAAUAUAUUUCUCCUUAAUUCAGAUGUGAGUUAAUCGGUUAGAUGAAUGAUAGACAGCUACCGUGGAAAGUUUUAGAGAAAUUACUGUUAACUUCUGUGAAAUUUCACAGGGAUUUCGAUCCGCCGCUGCAGAAGCGCGAUACGGAGUCACGGAAAGAGCGAGUCGGUGAAGAACGAGUUAAAUCAGACGUUCGAAAACCGAUAAUCAAGGUUGCACGCUGCAAUUCACGCUGAGCUUAAUUAACGGCGAGUCACUUCACGAGUUCAACUUGUCACUAAGGAUUUAUUUAGUCGGAAUCGAGUCGGCUCUUCUUUCAUCAUCGAGAGCUCGCAUCGCGGUGUUAUCAGUUUGCGGAAUAACUGUUUAUUGACGAUGAUAUUUUAGCCGCACGUAUCUUAAUUAAUACGGCACGCAAUUCAUUAAGAGCAUUAUAAAAUCUCAACAAUGACAGUUUCGAAAGCAAAUAUCCUUUCUACAUUCUUGUACGAAAUUUGCAUUUCGAAUCGCAGAAAUGAAAACCUGUCACCGUCUCAAAGAAAUGCAAUCGUGAACUCAGCGACGAUAAAAUUGACUUUAUGGAUUUCCUCAAAUGAUCGCAAUUAAGUGCCGUCGACGGCAGCGGUCGGCUGUGAAUUUUUUCAGGUUCACUGAAGUCCGCGCACACGACCUUGGGCGGACAUGUGCUAAAUCAGAGUCACCCUGCUCCCGUAUGAGCAGCACUCCCCACUGCACCGACUGGUUCAUUAACAAUUACAUGGACACCCAUGGCACAGGUGGCACGGCGAUAUAUAAAGUCGCGCGGAAUCGGCGUGGCCGGCUAUUAGUUCGGCUCGCUCCACCGACCGGUUCGCAGGCGGUUUCCGAUUCCCCCGGAACGUCGAUAUCUCCCGCCCGAUCGUAAAUCGGCCGAUUUAAUCGGCCGAUUGGCCCAACACGUGCCCGAGUGAACGACUUCGGGGUCGCUUGUACGUUUCACUCGGAUCCUUCCGCUUGCCGCACCGCCACUUCCUCCUCGCCCAGUCGCUGAGAUUUAAAGGAGACCAGACCUUAAUUGCCGAGAUCGCUACGGUACCCCGAACCAGGUCUUCCCGUUACAUCGCGCUUCGAGGCUUACGGAAGCUCCUCACGUCUGUCACGAUGGUGUCUACCGAGAGGAAUGCCGGCCUCCUCCUAAUGACUGUCGCGUGUCUUCUGGUGAAUCACGGCGAGGCGACUUGCAUCGGAAAGACCAUGCUGAGAUCCGGCGGUAUAUCGUGUGAGGAGAAACAGAUUAUCCUGGACGAGCACAAUCGAUUGAGGCAACUAGUGGCGCUGGGGCAGAUACACGGUCAACCUAGCGCGGCGAAUAUGAUGGAGAUGAUAUGGGACGAUGAGCUCGCCGCGAUGGCGCAAAGAUGGGCGGAUCGUUGCGCCGAGUCGCAUGACAGUCUAAGGAAUGUCCGUAGAUUUGCAGUGGGGCAGAACAUGGCUCGUUCGUGGACGACCAGGCCCCCGGGACCUUACGAUGGCGAACCGAAUUGGAGACGGCAAAUUUCCGGCUGGUUCAACGAGGUGCAAUACUAUCAUUCUGGGUAUAGCAGAACCACCGGACACUACACACAGUUGGUGUGGGGCGACACUUUCCUGCUGGGAUGCGGAUAUUCGUUCUACUACGACCCGGCUCGCGGCUACACCAAGAAUUACGUAUGCAACUACGGGCCGAGCGGAAACGUACUCGGCUUUCAACCUUACAAGUCGGGUCAGCCGUCAUGUGGCAAUUACGGAAUGUCUUACAGCAACCGAUAUUCUGGAUUAUGCUCCCGUGGAAGUUAUUAUCACCUAGGAGCUCUAUGUGUGUACGGAUAGUGCACGUGGGUAUACACAAAGUACACUUGCAAGUUUUGAGACGUACCGAAAUAGCAGUGCAGUUUGCGCGUCCACCGCUUCCUUCGCUGCGACAAUGAACGCCAAUGAUGACGAUCAAUUCUCAUUAAUGGGACAAUCGGCUACUGCGUCACGCAAAUUGCAAUUGAUAGUUUUUCAUUAAUUAGGAAACACGCACGGAAAGUCGCUUCGCCGCGCAUUAUAUCAAUUUGUACACAUAACGACGCGGCGAAUUAUCAUUAUUCGCCGUGGCGAAUAUUCCUGUAGCAAUAUUGGAUUAAUCAGAUGUGGCCAAGGCCGUCGAGAGCAGGUUCGGGUUCCGGUAAAAAAAAAAAACCUUUUCUAUCCCUCUUCUCUCUCCACCCAUUUUACGCCAAAGGUGAGCUGACUGGAGAUCUUUAUGCGAAAUUUAUAUUCAUAAGCGAGAAGAAAGCACUAUACAAAUGAAACAUGACACACAUUUAUUUUUAUUUCUUUCAAGGGAAAGGAAACAUUUAUUCUUAAAGAACACGUGCGUGGAAGUUCCCUGGAAUUUUGUGACAUUAACGGAUUACUCACCAAAAACUAUCGAUCGAAACAAUAAUAACCUGGUGUUGAACCCUCAGUCAUUUGGGAUUUGCCCGAUCGCCGACCUCCAUUUCGUUUUUCCUUUCUUUUAAUAUUUCACUUUCCCUUCUUUUGUGAUUUUAUUUCAAUUCUUUUGAAAGGAACGAUAUAGGGAAAAUAAAAUGGGAAAAUUAUAUGUGUAAUUUAUAAGGUACACUUUAUGUAUUAUUCAGCUCUGAAAACAAGCAAAUUUUUCUAACACAACUGCACCGCGUCAGCUCCCGUCGAGAGAUACAUAUCGAGAAGAUACCGUUUAAGAGAUAAAGAAUAGAAUUCAGAUAUCUUCUUUAUCUAUUUUUAUUCUAGUUCAAUCCGUCUAGUCUAUUUAUAGUCCGUAGAAAUUAGUAAUUAAGUCGAUAGAAGAAUAACCAUUGGCUAGUGUUUAAUUAAUCGCUCGCGCAAGUAGAGUGUAAGUUCAACUUCUUUUACUAGUAUGUGUAAUUCAUGUGUAAAUAAUUGAACAUACACAAUACAUCUCAAUGCAAAUGGUUAUUUUUAUUUUUACUGUUGUACAUCCACGUAAGUGACCGAAAUAAAGAAGCAACGUCAAAUUA